AAAAAUUAAGAGAAAUUGGUCGAAAUAAUCCAAUUGAAAUAGUACCGCCAAAACCGACUGAUAUAGGAGUAAUUAUGUAUACAAGUGGAAGUACAGGAGAACCAAAAGGUUGUAUGAUUUCACAUGAAAGUUUUAUGUAUGCACUAUUUGGUCUUCUAGUUGCUCUUAAUUUAAGAACAACAUCAAAAACUGAAGAAACUCCUCGAGUAUUAAAUUAUAUGCCUUUAGCGCAUAUGUUUGGUUGUGGAACGGUCGUUGGUAUAACUUAUUUAGGUGGAGAAGUUGGUUUUUGGCAAGGUAAAGUUGAUAAAUUGAUUGAUGAUUUUCACGAUUUUCAACCAACAAUUCUUGCAAUGGUACCUCGUUUACUUAAUAAAUUAUAUGAUAAAGUUCGAUUAGAACUUCGUAAAAAAGGUAUACUUGGUCGUAUUUUAUUUCGAUUGGCUGUUCGAAGUAAAUUAGCACUUAUACGACGUGGAAAUUUUUCGCAAAAUACAAUAUGGGAUAAAGUUAUUUUUAACAAAAUUCGUCAGUCAUUUGGUGGUAAAAUAAAUCGUGUUAUUUCAUCGAGUGCACCAUUAUCAUCUGAAGUUUGCCGAUUUUCACGUGCUGCAUUUUCAUGUUUUUUUGUUGAAGCCUAUGGUCAAACAGAAUGUGUAAUAGGUUGUUCACAAACAGUAAAUGAUAUUGAAUCAGGUGAAACUGGUAUUCCAACAUCAAUGAAUUAUAUUAAAUUAGUUGAUGUACCUGAAAAAGAAUAUUAUGCUAAAGAUGGUAUUGGAGAAGUUUGUAUUCGAAGUCCAGCUUUAUUUAAAGGUUAUUGGAAAGAUGAAGUUAAAACACGUGAAGCUAUUGAUGAAGAAGGAUGGCUACAUACAGGUGAUAUUGGUCGAUGGACACCACAUAAGACAAUGAAAAUUGUUGAUCGAAAAAAAAAUAUGUAUAAAGUUAGUAUCGAUAUUUAUUGA